ACAUAACCUCACUGAGCUUGGCUGAUUCGGCGUUUUUCUUGUCUCCUGCGUGGCCCUUUUAGUGGUGAAAAUCUGCAUGAAAAUGUCUCUCAGUGAGUACAAAUUGAGUUGUGAGUUACGAGGGCAUUCCCUGGAUGUCCGAACAGUGGCUGAAGGAAGUGAUUUUAUCUUGUCUGGAUCGAGAGAUAUGAAAGUGAAAGUUUGGGCAAAGGAUGGAAAUGUGUAUAAGGAGAGAGGUUGUCUUCAAAAUCACUCCAAUUACGUAGCAGUGGUAUUUUAUCUGGAGGAAGAAGGUUGGAUUUGCACAGGAAGCAAUGACUCUACAAUUUGUAUCUAUACUUCCGGAUCUAUGGUACCUAUUCUCACCCUGAAGGAUCACAAGGCAACAGUGAGCUGCUUAUGUAAGGGUUUAGAGCCCAGAAGUAUCGUGUCUGGGAGUUGGGAUAAAACUGGGAGAAUUUGGAGGAUUUCUGAUGCCAAUCAGGUGUCUUCGGUGCUUCUGAGUGGGCAUGAGGCAGCGGUGUGGGCUGUGGAGUCUGUUCCAUGUGGACAGAGGUAUGUGACAGGAUCAGCAGACAAGAAUAUUUUUGUGUGGAAUGCUUCCGGAGUGAAGAUAUUUGUACUAAAGGGGCAUAGUGAUUGCGUUCGGGGAUUGAUCGGGAUGGGGAAUGGAGGACUUCUCAGUUGUGGCAAUGAUGCGGUGAUUAAGGUGUGGAAUGAUGAAGGGGAGUGCGUCAAUGAGCUUUUUGGUCACAAUAAUUAUAUUUAUACAAUGGCUCUGAAUCGAAGCGUCGGGGAGGAUGUGCUAGUGAGCGGGGGCGAGGACAGUUCUGUGAGAAUGUGGAGUGCCUCUGAGGGGGCUCUUGGGGAAGAACUCCGUCUCCCAGCUCAAUCCGUGUGGUCGGUGACUUGUCUCCGGAAUGGGGAUAUUGUCACAGGAAGCAGCGAUGGGAUUGUCAGGAUUUUCACGAGGGAUCCGUCUCGAAUGGCUCCUACUGACACUCUAGCGGCCUACCAGACUUCUGUUGAGGUCUGGCAGCGGGAACACAGCACAGAAUUGGGUGGGAUUAAAGUUAAUGAUCUCCCUGGGCCGGAAUCCCUUUUGGUGGAGGGUACAGAAGGUCAGACCCGAAUUGUACGGCAACCUAAUGGGAAGAUUGAGUGUUUCCAGUGGACAAGGGGCAAUUGGAGCCUAGUGGGCGAUGUCACAGGAGCCUCAGGUGGUACAAAUGCCAGUUCUGGGAAAACCCUCUAUCAAGGCAAAGAAUAUGACUUUGUGUUCAAUGUGGAUGUCGAAGAUGGUGCCCCACCAAUCAAAUUGCCCUAUAAUCGAGGUCAGGACCCAUGGUUCGUGGCCCAAGAGUUCAUUCACAAACACAAUCUGCCCCAAGUGUAUCUCGAUCAAGUGGCCAAUUUCGUGAUAAAAAAUUCCGGAAAUGCCCCAGUGGCACCUUCGGAUUCCGGCUACAGAGAUCCCUUCACGGGGGCAUCGCGGUAUGUCCCCGGGUCUGGGAGCAGUGCUCUCGGUGAAGACAAUCUGGUAGAUCCCUUCACAGGGGCCUCUAGCUACAGAACUCAGCAGCCUGUCCAAACUAAUUCCGGAGAGCACUUUCCCGUCAGCACAUACGCUACCCUAGCCGUGGCAGAUCUCGAGAAGAUUCUCAAUAAGCUCAGGAGUUUUAACACCGAAAAUGCUCCGGAUGAGGCAAAAGUCAAUGACAGCAUCCUGAGUGAUGCUAUUGCUGUGGCCAGAAGCGAAGGAGGGGCACCAGACGUGCAGAUUGAGUGCCUCCGGAGUCUCCUGAAGUGGCCUCGGGGAAUUCUUUUCCCAGUGCUGGACAUUGUGAGGCUGGUGGUGAGGAAUGAGGCUACAUGUGGACUCCUGGUGAGUGGGGAAGUGAUGAAAAUUCUAGUUGAGUGUGUUAGUGAUUCAGCAGCGAAUCAGUUGAUGGCUCUGAGGUGCCUCACUAACAUGCAGAUCCACCAGGUGGGCAGGAAUCUGGUGCAUGGGAAGUUGGGGGAGAUUUUGGGGAGAGUGAGUGAAAUCCGGAAGGGAAGUGUCAAUGCUCAAGUGGCUGUUGCAACUUUCCUCCUCAAUGCCACAGUGUCUCAGAUGCAACUAGCCGAUGGGGAUGAGUGUAAAAUCCUCGGGGAAUGUUCACUGGAAACAAUGCAAUGGAUUGAAGAUCUCGAAGCUACUUACAGAUGUUUCCAGGCUUUGGGAAAUCUCACAUGUACGCCAGUUGGCCAGGAGAUUGUUGCUCUAAUUGUAUCUGUAGAUACUCUCGUGGAUAAAAUCAAGGCUUUUACUUUGGGUAAUUUGCCAGAUGGAUUUGAUAAGCUGGCCAGAUGUUCAAGGGAUCUUUGCGUGAGUCUGGGCGUGUGAAAAAUUCUUCUAAUAAAUAUUUUCUUUUUUGCAAUUUA